GGGGGAGCCCGAGCCCUGCCGAGCCCCGGGCUGCCCCGGUGGGGAGAGGCAGCCCCGGGGCUGGGCGGGGAGGGCCGGAGAAAGCCCCUUCGGGGAGCAGCGGCCCCGGGAAGCGGCCGGCUCUGGCUGCCGGAGUUUGUGCUGCGGUUGCCGUGAGAGAGGGGGCAGCACCGGGGACGGAGGGGAUCUCAGCGGCCCUGGCCGGGCGGGCAGCCGGAGGAGCGGAGCCCCGCCGCGGCGUUCCCCGCCGGCAGCCUCCCUCCCCCCGGCUCCCUCCCGCUCUGCCCUCCUUCCCUCUCCCCGCUCGCCGACGGCCGGUAAAACCUGCCCGCAAGCACGAACGGCACCGACACGAGCCAGGGACGAGCCCGCCGGAGGCAGCCGGGGCCGCCGCUCUCUGCCCAGGAUCCGUUGCAAAAUGUGAAAAUGAAGGGGAAAUUCUACAGAUACCAUUUAUCACAGACAACCCUUGUAUAAUGUGUGUUUGCCUGAAUAAGGAAGUGACCUGCAAAAGGGAGAAGUGUCCGAUGCUCUCCAAGGACUGUGCUCUCGUCAUUAAACAGAGGGGAGCUUGCUGUGAGCGUUGCAAAGAUUGCAGUUUUGGAGGAAAUACGUACAACAGCUCUAUGAAAUGGCACGUCCCUAGCAAUCCCUGUGUUACAUACCAGUGCCAGGAAGGAGUGAUAGUAGAGUCAGAGGUACAGUGUGUUGUUCACUGCAAAACCCCUUCCAAACUCAUGGGAAUGUGUUGUCCUGUGUGUCCAGGUUGUAUAUUUGAAGGGACACUUUACAAUGAAGGAGAAGAAUUUAGGCCUGAAGGAAAUAAAUGUACCAAGUGCUCUUGUAUUGAUGGCAGGACAGAGUGUGUCCAAGAAGUCUGCCCCAUUCUCUCAUGUCCCCAGCACCUCAGUCAUGUUCCUGCUGGACAGUGUUGCCCCAAAUGCUUAGGGCAGAGGAAAGUGUUUGACCUCCCAUUUGGAAGCUGCCUCUUUCACAGCAAUGUGUAUGAUAAUGGGUCCUCAUUUAUUUAUGACAACUGCACAAUGUGUACAUGCAAGGAUUCAACAGUGAUAUGUAAGAAGAGGUGCUUACUUCCUGGUGCAUGCAAUAAAAACAAAGACCACUGCUGCAAGGAGUGUGUCUCAUAUAUCUCUCCUGAGGAAGUAAAAGUGUGCAAGUUUGGCAAUAAGAUCUUCCAGGAAGGAGAGAUGUGGUCCUCUGUGAACUGCACCAUCUGUGCUUGUGUGAAAGGCAAGACAGAGUGUCGCAAGAAACAAUGCAUUCCAGUCAGCAGCUGUCCUCAUGGUAAAAUCCUGAACAGAAAAGGAUGCUGUCCUAUUUGCACUGAAAAGCCUGGAGUUUGCACUGUAUUUGGAGAUCCUCACUACAACACUUUUGAUGGACGGACAUUUAACUUUCAGGGAACAUGUCAGUACGUUUUGACGAAAGACUGCUCCUCCUCUGCCUCGCCCUUUCAGGUGCUGGUAAAAAAUGAUGCCCGUCGGACCCGUUCUUUCUCCUGGACAAAGUCAGUGGACCUUGUGCUGGGCAGAAGCACUAUCAGCCUCCAGCAGCACCUCACAGUGAAGUGGAAUGGGACCCGCAUCUCACUACCUUGCGAGACACCGCAAUUUCAGAUCGAUUUGGAUGGUUAUUUGCUGAAAGUGACAACCAAAGCAGGCUUGGAAAUCUCAUGGGAUGGAGACAGUUUUGUGGAAGUCAUGGCUGCACCACAUCUGAAAAGCAAACUCUGUGGUCUGUGUGGCAAUUACAACGGGCACAAGCGAGAUGACCUGAUUGGGGGGGACGGGAAUUUUAAGUUUGAUGUGGACGACUUUGCCGAAUCCUGGCGCGUGGAGUCCAAUGAGUUCUGCAGCCGCCCGCAGAGAAAACCUGUGCCUGAGCUCUGUCAUGGGACGGUCAGGGUGAAACUCCGAGCUCACCGGGAAUGCCAGAAACUCAAAGCAUGGGAGUUUCAGAGCUGUCAUUCAAGGGUGGAUUAUACCACAUUUUACCGGUCCUGUGUGACAGACAUGUGUGAGUGCCCAGUCCAUAAAAACUGCUACUGCGAGUCAUUCCUGGCAUACGCCCGAGCCUGUCAGAGGGAAGGGCUUAAAGUCCAGUGGGUACCGGAGCAGAACUGUGCAGCCACCCAGUGUAAACACGGUGCAGUUUAUGAUACCUGUGGUCCAGGAUGUGUCAAAACAUGUGACAACUGGAAUGAGAUUGGCCCAUGCAACAAGCCCUGCGUUGCAGGGUGCCACUGUCCAGCAAAUUUAGUUCUUCACAAAGGAAGAUGCAUCAAGCCAGUCCUGUGCCCACAGCGAUGACAUUAGUUCUCUUUCUGCGGACAUUGAUGUGGGUGGUCACUGACCCCUUUGAUGCUCACAGUCAGCGAAGGACUCCAGCUGUUUGUGUGCCGAUUCUGCAAAGUACACAUCUACUCACAGAGUGUAAAUAUACUCCUGUGUGUGUAUUUAUGUGUGUUUAUGUAUACAGACAUGGCACCAAGAAAGAUAUAUAAAUGUAUACUGUGUGUAUGUAGAUACACAUGUCUAUACACAAGUGCCCUAAACAUAAGUACAACCCAUAUAUUUAUAUAUAUGUACACACACACAAAUAUACAUCAUUUCUAUAUAUCAUAGAAGGAUGAAUUAUUAUAUGUAUAUUUUUUGCUAUAAAGUUUAUGUAUUAUUAUUUCUAGGACCCUGAUCUGUAAGUCAUUGUAUAAAUAAACCAAGUGUUUUUAAUAUAAUAUAGUGGCAUGAAAAGAUUGGAUGACUUUGCCAUUGCACAAGUUUGUUGUUUCUGAGGAAACUUUUCUAGGGCCAUAGCACUGCCAGACUGGAUUAGUUUCAACACAGAACCUGGAUUUACAGUUGUACAGGAAACACAUUUCUCUGGAGAUGGAGGAUUUAUCUAGGAAUAUUUCACGCGUACCUUGGAGCUGCAUAGUGAUUGGUGACAGUGCUUAAUCAGGCAGAGAAAGCUGAGGAUCAGCUUUUAUGCUUUACUGAAAUAACUGUGCAAAACGAUUUCCAAAGCUGGUUGGCCAACUGCCAACAUAGAGAUAUUUCUUUCUGGAACGGCACCAAAGAGUCAGGGGCCAGAUUUUCAAAAGUGUUUGGCACCCAGCAGCUCACUUUGAAAAUUUGACCACUUCCCAUUUCAUAUCCUAAUGCCCUGUCUCUGUUGUUGUGUUUGGCAGAAGCUGUGAAUACACAAUAAGGAGCCUGAAGAAAAUAUUCAUAUACAUAUUAGCCCCUUUAACAUGUUGGAAACUGCUGGGUUUGUUUCAUAUUUCCCCCAAAUACUAUGCAGAAAGCAAAUCCCACUGUGAAUUGGAGUGUUUGAUUUCAGUGUGCCUUAAAACAUGAAAUAAUGCCGGGUUUAGUAACUCAUUUAAUUUAUCAGCAUGGUUUAAAAGAAAGACAAAUUCACCCAGCAAAAAACAGUAGAGAAUGUCAAAUGCUAAUUGGAGAACUGCAAUUUAUUUCCUUACUGGUCUUUUGCUUGAGGUUUACGAACAUGUGGGCUCUGUGAAGUUUGCAUGACUUUUGAAGUCUCCCAGAGGAGAAGCAAUAAUAUGGGAUUUCAUUAGAAACCGUUAAAAAAGCCAUACAACUUUCUCAAGCCUGAAGGGAGGGGGGAGCUAUUUUUCUUCCACUGGAAAACCUCUUGUAGAGCCUGAUGGAACGGUCUCUGGAGAUGACAGAAAUCUUUGGGCAUCUGAUUUAGGUUUGUAAUUAAGUAAUAUCCUCCCACACGGCUACAUCCAUUAUGCCUUGCAUUGAAACUGCACAUUGUAAUGCUUUGAACAAUUUUCUCCUUUAAUUCUUCACUCUCCAGGAAGUUUUGCAGGGUCUGAGUUUACAGUGAGUGAGUGGGUGCAACAUACUUGGGUUAUACAACCUCUCUGCGAUCCUGUCCUGGAGGAAGAUGCUGAGUGAGCCUGGUUAGCUUAGGCAUCACACUAUCCAAAAUGCUGUACCACCACAGUGCUAAAAAGAGCUGGGCAAAUAAUGCCAGAGCAUUCCAUGGAUGUUUAUCCAAAUCUUAAAUAAAUUCAGCCUGAUCUUUUUAUGUCCCCUUUGUGUUCAUUUUCUUGGAACAAUCAAAUAAUUCGGUUUUACUGGAAGAGAGGGUUUGAAAGCUGCACACGUAAGUGCACUGGGAAGCAGAAUUGCAAAUGUGCAGAUCCCAUCAGAGCAGGAAACUAGAAGAGUUUUAUGUGGCUCAUGUGAUAAUUGAAUGGCGAAGCUGAAAUUUAGAACAAUUUUGCAAUUGGUCCAAGGAGUUAAAAUAUAAAAUGGCAGUCAUUAAAAUAAUUUAAAGCAUCAGUUAGACUGAAGAACAUUUCAGCCUGUGAGCUUUUGAUGCUGACAUACGGGGUCUAAACCAUUAAAAAGGUUAUUUGCCUAGCUCUAGUUUAGGAUAGAUUUUCAUUACUGAUAGGUUUUCAUUACUUACUGCUCAGAGUUUCCAAAAUAAAAAUACAGGCAAAGUCAAUUGCAUACAUGAACUGUGUAUAGAACUGUCCUUCCCUUUUCUUCUCCUGACUGAUAAAGGUGAGUGAAAGGUGAAGGGAGAGCCCUCCAGAUCUCUCAGUCUACUGAUUGCAUUCAAGCAACACUUAACUGAUGCCAGGUGAAGAAGUGACUCAGUCUAUCUGUAGGACAGACUCUAUUUUUAAAUCUUAAAAUGGUUCAGUUUAAAACCUGACCUACAGGUCAUCUCAAAAUGAGGACUUGUUCCUCGGUUUAGCUUUUUCACAUCUGCCUAAUUAAGGGUAGCCCCCUGCUUUUUGCUUUAGUGAUGUAGACUGAGGAAGAGAGGAAAGUGGUUUUCUCUCUAAGCUGUCUGAUUGUGCCCUUUUGGUGCUGCAGAGCUUUUUCCUCCAAACUCCGCAGUUUUCAAGGCAUCAGUAAGGGCUAUCAUCUGCUCAGUUCACAUGUACAGUCUAAGGUAAAGGAUUUCUGCUCUUCUAGAAAUUGCCCCCAAGUUUCAACUUGGCACAGGUUUUAUAUCUGUAUCUGUAGUUACCCUGUGCCCAACUGAGCUAUUCAGACCAGAUCAGUCCCAGCUGGGGCUGUCUCACUCUGCUCUCCUGUUUGCCUCUCUACUUUCAGGCUAUUCAAAAGUUGAAAGUCUAGCCCAAUGACAUCAAUAACAGCAUUACAGUGGCCUCAUACAGUUUGGGUUGCAGCCCAUCUUCCUCCUUAGUGCAGCAUUAUCUCUAAUUCUGCUGUCUUGGCUCAUGAAAUAUUACCCCUAGGAUGCUAGAGCCCAUGAAAUAUUAUCCCUAGGAUGCUAGACCUGGAAACUUCCUGCGUAUCACUGGGGAUUUAUUUUUGAACAAAAUUCACUGAUAAUGCAAUUUUAGUAUGCUAAAUGUGUUUAGUAUGCAGUAAUGUGUUUUUAAUAAUAGCAUAAGGUUGAUAAUACAUAUGGUAUAUUCACCAUGCAAAACUGAUGGUUGUCUAAGUAUUGGUCUUGAUUAUGCUUAUGUCAAUUGGUGCAUAUAACUUUGUGACAAUUUGUAAGGUGAAAUAUAUUUGAAGGAGCAGAGGUUCCAACCAAAGAAUGAUCCAAAAGGAAAGUCUAAGAAACAGCUCUGUAAUGCAGGAUGGGAUCAAGGAAAGACUUGGAUCAAUAGCUUUGCCAUUAACCUGCUAUGUGUUCCCUGGCAAGUCAUUUAAUAUUCUAUACUUCACUGGGCAAAUGCGGCUCUGGGUUUAUGCACCUUUUUUAAGUUUAUGGAUAGAAAAUGCUCUAAAAUGCCAUACAUCACCAGGGGAAUGUCAGCUGGUAUUUUACCAAUCUACUCAGGUCUGCUUUGCACCAGGUUGUCCCAUAUCUCCCAUACCAUCAUUGCUUCAAAGUCAGCUUUUGGUUGGCAUAUGUGGAGGUCAAAUACAUUUACUUCCUCCUCAUUUACUUUCAAUUGUGUCUAUUUUUGUCAUAUAUAUUGAGUUUUAUAAACCAUGGAGACAAGCCAUAGCCAAGCAGAGCAAUUUGAAUUGUAGCCCAAGACUCUGUAGGUACUCCCACAUUUUCCAAGAACACCUUUCUUCUAUAGAGUAAGGUAUGCACUUGGAGCAAAAAAUGAAAAGAUUCUUAAUAUCCUACCCAAAUGUGACCCCAUCCUUGCAUCACGUAAGCAGUUUCCAGUAGAUAACCUAAAAUACAUAAGUUCUUCUCAUCAGAGGCUUUCUGCUUUUUUUGAACAUAGGAUUCAAAUACGGUUUGACACUGCUUGGCUUCCCCCUGACAGAACCUGACAUUUGCAAUAGCUGGACUGAUCUUGAAUGACUGUACAGGGAUACUUUUUUUUUGCCUUCAUCAAAAGCAGACAAGGUUAUAUCAGAACUAACGGAUAUGAGAAUAACAGCCCAUGCAUUUGCAGCUGGACAGACUGGAAAGAGAGGCAGUCAACAGCAUUUAGCACUGAAGUGGUGAGAUGUUUCAGGUAUUUCAGGAACAGUCCUGAAUAAAGGGGCAUUAUGCCAAGGUCUCAGUAUUUGACAAACAGCAACUUUACAUAAUGCUGAUCAAAUGCUUGUUCUGCUAUCCCUGAUUUUACCAUUGUAGAAAGCCCUGUGGCAAGAGAGAUGUUUCUGCUUCCUUACAGAAAAAUUUCUAGUCUGCGCCUGCAAAUUUUUCAGAACAAAGGCCUAACUGUGCUGCCAUUACAGAAUUCCUUCUCUCUCUGCGUAAAGGUGGUUGCACAGCUUAGGAUUUCUAGUGCAAUAAUCACCAUGACAUCUGAGCACCAGAGUCUAUAACAACAAAAUAAGAUUCUCCUAUGAAUACGACGUAGCUCUUGAUCUGUCAGAUGGCCAUGGCAUGGUGUUUGAAUGAAGAUGGUACAAUAAUGUGAGGAAAUAAAGAGGCAGGAUGGCAGAAUAAGGGUAAGAGGCAAAUGAGAAAGAAGAAAGUAGUAAUAGGAUUUUUUUCCCUGUGGAUGUUUUCCCUUCAAAUGGUAAGAACUAAACUGAAACUGUUUUCUGACAAAGGCAAAGUACAUCCAUGAGCAAAAAACACCCCCACCAGCCACCCCAAAACCCCAAACCAACAACAGCAGAAUCGUAUAUUGAGAUCUGAAUAGAACAGGUGUAUAUUGGUAGGUAUACAAAUCCAUAAUUGAAAUAAAGUUAUGAGCCUAUAUUCCUACUUCUCUCAUAAUCCUUAAAUCACAGUAGAAGAAGUCACCAAAGUUAAGGCAAGGGAUCUUAUUUCCUGGGCUGAGAUGAGGCAAACAUCUGCAGAAUUUGGUUCUCAUGCUUCCACUAGCACAACAAACCUGUUUGGUUUCCUCCGGGAUAUAUGUUUUAGUGAACACACAUCAUUUCCCAGUCUACAACUGUCAGAACAAAGGCUACAAAUGUACUUUUAUAACUAGUCUUGUUGCUGGCUUUGAGAUAAAAUUGCAAGUUCCACCUACCUACUACUAGGAGGGCACAAGUUUUCUUUUUGACACAGCUUUUACCAGGCAGCAAUAUUGCUCAGCAUCAAGCAGCAUCUUAGAAACACGAAGCAAUGUUAAAUAUGACACGCAGCAUUGGCUAUUUGCAUGACUUUACCCUUUUCAUUGCAAGUUAUGAGUUAAUGCUAGCCCUGCACACAGGAGGAAGUUGGCUCUAAUGGAGUGUGUAUGUGUGGUGGGAGGGGGGUGGCAUUGCAUAAUUACCAUUAUCAUUGAUAGUGCUUUGUAUUUCCCUAAGUGAUGCUUAUACCUGGGCAUCAAUAUAAUUUGGUUUUGCACAUGAAAGUGAAAUGAUGGGAAUGUAGGCAUUUCCUCCCCAGACAGACCCACAUUUUUUUCUUAUCCAGUGGUGAAGAAAUGCCUCAAAGCAUGCUUCAAAGAAUGGUAUGUAAGCCUCAUAAUGAACAGCUAUGCAACAACCUGUUCACAGUGGUAAUUUAGCCUUAUACUCUGGCAGUAAGUGGUUGGUACUUUAAUGACUCAAUCGUUCAAAGCACUUUACUAUGUGCUUAAACUUUGAAUAACCUCGUUUGCUUCAAUGGGGCAACAUACACUCUGACUUCUAACCACAUGCUUAAAUGGUUUGCUGGGUCAGGGCCAGGGAGUUCAGCAUCUGGCAGGAUCAAAUAUUAAACCUCAUGAUAUUUCCUAUUUCUUCAUGAUUUCUAUACAUAGAUCUAUUUUACGAUCAUGCUGCUAUCUACUGCUAGAAUAUCAUAGAAGUCAAGGCUUUUGAAGCUUUCUUUUUUAAGACUUUAGAAGAUUGGAGAAAUUUUUUCUAUUGAUUUCCAAUGUCAACAUAGUAAUUUCUUACAUUACAUUGUAAUUUCCUACCCUAUUUUAUUUCUUGUUAUUGUUAAAAGAAAGGGACAUAUUGGACUUGAUUUUUUUUUUCUUUUGCACUGGUAAAAGUAGGGAACAAUUUCAGUGAGUUAACUGUUGCUAGCUAUACUAGUUUUAAACUGGUUUGAGAUCAUACUAGCACCUUCCUGGCUUUAUAGUUGUGGAAGUAAUCCACAGUCUUGGUGUGGCUGCCCUCAGUUAUAGACUUCUAAUUGCUUCCAGCUAUAGUUCAUUACAAAACUCUGAUAACACUGUAUUAGAAUAAAAGCAUCUGCAGCCCAAAUCAGUAUAAAUAAUUUGUGACAAGAGAUCACAGUUUAUAAAUGAAGAGGAAUAAAAAAGUAAUUUGUUGUACUUAACUUACUUUCACAAUAAUUUUUAUAAAUGGUAUUAAUAAGGAAAAAGGAAGAGUGAAUAUAGAAACUGAUGAAGAAAAGAGAAUUUAGAAACUAGAGUGGUUUUUUUUUAUAUUCACUGCAAGUAUUCAACUUCUUUAAUGAGUAUCAUUGAGUGGCAUUCAAAACCCAUAGAAAAAACUUGAUUAGGUUCUACAGAAUAUGGAUCAAAACCCAGAAGUGAGUAUGUGCUGAUGCAGUUCUAUAGUUAAAAUUUCACUGUGUUUUGAAGGGAGUGAAAUAAAUGAGUAGAGUUUGGAGGAAAGUAUUUCUCCCAUCUUAGGCACCUGAAUGUUUGUUUGCUAGUUUGGGGUUUAAAUAUGCAGGUGUUUGAACCCCACCAUGACUGAUAUAGAGCCCUGAUCUUCUUCAUGUUGGUGUGCAUCAAGAAUAACUCCAGAGGAACCCAUAGAAUAAUACUUAUGUCAAAAGACAAGAUGUGCUUUUUUUUUUAAUUUAUUUUUUAUUUCUUGUUCAUUAUAAUUGACUGCUACCCUGCAAGUGAUAAAGGGGAAGAGAAGCUGCAGGGAAAAUUACAGUGUGUAUCACAUAUAAUAGAUGUUUGAAGCCAUUAAUGUAUGGAUGGGUCACUUGAAAUAUUUUAUAUGCAAUUUAUCGAGAAUGCUCUGUAGUUUCAAGAGCAUCACUGCAGAAUGUUUACAUUCGAAUGUUUAGAAUUGCUUUGCUUACUCAUGCUAAAUUUUAAACAGAUUUCACCUGAGGUGCAUUCAUGUAAAUACGGAAUCUAUUUAAAAUUUUACUAGAUUUCUGUCUUCAGUAUGUCUCAAUUUUGUACCUUUGUUGAAUUUAAUAUGUAGUCUAACGUAUCUUACAGAACUGUAAAACUGUGCAGUAACUUUGACAUGGCUUGUCUUUGAGUGUCUAUACAGUUUUUGCAAGAAUAUUGUACUAAUAUAAUUUUGUAAAAGUAGGAUUGUGAUGAGUAUGUUUGUAAAGACAUUAUUUAUUCCCUUAUAAACUUAAUAUUUAUUAUCUUUA